CUUUGGAGACCCCAGGGGAGCACACUCGAGGAGGCAUCUCAGGACCCCAGCGGACCCCUGGGGUCGCGCGUUCAGGAGCAGCCGAAGAUGUUCUGAUCACAUCGCGGCCAGCACUAGCAGCUUCUGGCGCGUUUCUGGAUUCAAUUUGCGCGCCCCCUGCUCUUCCUCUUCCUCCGCCUCCCCCAUCUCCUCGCCCCUCCUCCGCAGCCGUUUUGGCUCAAGCUUCCGCCGCGACACUUGCGCAUCGGAAUUUUUCCCUCGCGUCCCCCGCAGGCUUGCUCUUAGCAAUGGCGGCUCCUCGCUCCGCCAUCCUGACCGCGGCGGUCGUGCUCGCCUGCACCAGCCUGAUGGCCGCUUUCGUGCCCUCGCCGGUCGCGUCGCGCCCGACAGCGCAGUCGCUGCCGACGGCGGCGCUCAGCGCGGUGGCGCUCGCGGCGCCGACCGCCGCCCACGCGGAGGGCUCGAGCGUGUGGAUCCCGGCCCUGUCCGCCGUCGGCGCCGGCUUCGCCAUUGGGCUGGCCGCCAUCGGGUCCGGAGUGGGCCAGGGCAUCGCCUCCGGCCGCUGCAUCGACGGCAUCAGCCGCCAGCCGGAGGUUGCCGACGACCUGCGCGGCGUGCUCCUCCUGUCCCUCGCUUUCAUGGAGUCGCUGACGAUCUACGGGCUCGUCAUUGCACUGGUGCUGCUCUUUGCCAACCCGCUCAUCAAGUAGGUCGGGAGGGCAUCACGUGCGAGGAGGAAGGCCGCUGUGAGGGCAGGGCCAUUUG